GGGAAAUAAAUGUCCUCUUUAUUUUUCUGGUCAUAAGAGGUAAUUCAUUUGGUUGUGCCUUAGGACAGAGACAACUCAGCCUUGGACAUCAGGUUGAAUAUUCUGACAUGUAACUUGCUGUCUUAUUGGAGCAUGGUGGAGCUUGCAUGAUCACAUCUUGCCUGAAGUCUUCUCAGAAACUAUGUCAUGAGGUUGUCUUGCUGACCAAAACUGUUACUUGAUGCCUGUUAAUAUAAGAGUAUCAGGACUUUGUGACAGCACUUCAUAGGGGACUAUAUGAGUACUGUAGAUGUUCCUCUCGCCAGCACAUCAUGGUAGAUGUAACAGAGAAGGAGAUGGAUAACCCCACGUUUAAAAGUGACACUGUACUUUCUGACGUUCACUUACACUGUCCAAACAAAAGGCAUCUCAUGGUACGACUGAAUGCAGUUGGACAACCAGUAUUCGUGUCAUAUUUCAAACUCCUUUGGAACACAGAAGAUUCGGCAUCUGAGAAACAUGUGAGAGAAGCUACAACAGAAAGAGAACACCAGUACAGAAGUGGAGAUGAACUGUGUGACAAGGACAGGAAUAAUCUGAAAAAAGAAAGAGAAUUAAAUAGUGAAGGAAUAGAAGUUCUGCUAGACGAUGAUGGAGACUUGGAAGUGGUCAGAAGACCUCGAAGUGCCUCUGAUUUAGAAGCGGAGGAUCUUUUGAGGGAUAGAGUGUAUCCUGUAAUUCUGAUGAAAGGGAAAGAAGAUGCUUUUGAAGAUGAAGAACAAGAAUGCACUUGCAGUGAUGUUAUUAAAAUAGAACAUACUAUGGCAACCCCCUUAGAAGAUGUCGGAAAACAAGUCUGGCGUGCAGCCUUUCUUCUUGCUGAUUACAUUCUGUUUAAACGGGAGAUAUUCAGGUGUUGCUCGGUGCUAGAGCUUGGAGGUGGCACUGGAAUUACAAGCAUUAUCAUGGGAACAGUUGCCAAGAGAGUUUAUUGCACAGAUGUUGGUGAAGAUCUCCUGGCUAUGUGUGAGCAAAAUGUUGCAUUAAACAAACACCUGAUGGAGCCGGGAAGAGGGGAAGUUAAAGUAAAAGAACUGGACUGGCUGAAAGAUGAAUUCUGCACUGAUCCUGAAGCUUCUUACAGCUGGUCUGAAGAAGAGAUUGCUGAUUUGCAUGACCACUGUACUGUGAUAAUGGCAGCUGAUGUGUUCUAUGAUGAUGACCUGACAGAUGCCUUGUUCAGAACGCUGUGUAGAAUCACACACAACUUGAGAAAUUCUUGCACAGUUUACCUAGCAUUAGAAAAGCGGCUGAACUUCACUUUAAGACAUAUGGAUGUUACAUGUGAAGCCUACAGUCAUUUUAGAAAUACUCUAAAUGAUUUGGAGAACUUCCAAGACAGAAAAAUUAAAUAUACUGUGGAGCCCAUUAAGCUUGAUUUCUGCCAGUUUCUCGUUUAUGAACGAAUUGAACAGUUGGAAUUGUGGAAGAUCAUUGCUGAACAGCUAACAUGACAGGGACUUGAGAAAAUAGAAGAUCUUUAUCUAAGGAUAAAGGCUUUUUUGAUGUUUUAUUAAAAAAGGAUUUUCAUCCCAAGAAAAGCAUUUUCCUGGUGGAACUGUGUUCUCAGAAAGUAUUGCUAUGCAGAUUUGCUUUACUUCAAUAAGUUUUGGUUUUGGCACUUAGGACAUGGUUUCUUUUAUGUUUCUUUUACAAAACUGUUUAAUGUUGAUCUUCAGAGUAUAUGCUGGAUGCCAAACAGUGGCAGUGACACAGUGACUUGCUCUUUGGUAUUGAUGGCUUAGGUUUUAGAGUCUGACAAAGAGGUAUUUAACCUUUUCCAUGUGGCUGAUUUGCAGAUGUCAUGCAUUUUCCUUUUUAGUUUUCUGAACAUGGACACUGUUCUUGGUCUCAUCCCAGUUCCAUGUUAUUUGUAUUUAUGGACAUUUGUGAAACAGUGUUCUGGGCAAGACGUGUUUGUCUUUCAUGGACUUUUCUUUAAGCAAUCCGUUUGUGAAACUUAGUCCUUCAUUUUCAGUUUGUCCUGUCUAAAUCAUUCUAGUUUAGGGCUACUGUCUGAACUGAAAGGAGACAAGAUGCAUUUUAUUUGAGCCUCUAAAAAUACUCCACCGAGGUCUUGGAGCUAUAUUGUCCUGCUGGAAUUAUAAGCUAUUCUGUCCUUGCCAGGUUGAGGGUGGGAAGGUACCAUGUGAAGUGAUAUGCUACUGCUUUUUAAAUGUUUGGAAUUCUACCCUCAAAGCAUACAUGUGAGGCUGGGAGAAGGAGGUGACCAACAAUGUCUUGCCCAUACAACUGGGGCCUUCGGUAUCUUAGCUUUUGGAUUAAAGUACAACAUAUUGAUCAAAUCUCUCCUGUGUUAUUAAUGAAACAAAAAAUCUGUUUGUACUUUUUAUAAAUUUAAUGUGUACUAUUAUGUUUAUAUCACUUGCCAUAUGUACGCUGUCACGGAAAUUCUUGUGCCUGCUGGAUUCUGUAGCAUUAUGAGAGUAUCGGUGAUGAAGCUGUUCCGGCCUGUGACUCGUGGAAGUCUGCAUACAUGACAUUAGAAGCAUCUGGUUGACUUCUUGAAAGUCUGUUCUACAUUUGGUUUAGUUCAGUUGUUUUAGGUCAGUUAUUUCAUAACCUGCUUAUGUGUAUGAAGACAUAUUCUUUUUGUGUUCUUUAAUGAGAUGAAAGGUUAUUAGAUGAUGAUGGCCUUUUCCUGUGAGUAUAGUCAAAGUAAAAAUUACGUUAUGUUAGCAUAUAUCUGCCUAGAUUAAUACAGAACUUCUCUCUUGGAACCCUCAUUUGAACUUCAAAGAUAUAAAACUGUAUUUUAAUACAGAGAUUCCCAAACUAGUGGGUUUUUUGUUUGUUUGUUUUGUAGUGUUAUUAACUUUGGUAGAUUAACUGAAAACAACUGGUUUUGAAUGUAACUGCUUAUUUAAGUAGUAAUUUUUCGAAGGCUGUAGCAAGAAAUUAAUUUGAACUGAUGUGAAAUAGCAUGUGCAGUUAGAGAAGAUUUUUACUUGUGCAGGACUUCUGAAAGUCUUUGGAAUUAUCAACAGAAACUCAUCCAGGUAGAGGGAUACUGUAGAUCUUUUAAUUCAGAAUUCAGCCGUUUUACUGCAGCUGGCUUAAAUUAACAUCUGAAAAAGAUUUUUAUACUUGUAUCUUUGGUUGAGUAAAUACAAACAUUAUGGCUGCUUGGGAAGCAAGCUGAAGUAGAAUUUCCUCCUAAAGAAACAAAGUUAAUCUUUGUUUGUAAAUCAAAGUUAAUCUGAAGGGAAACGACAGCUUUGAGGAUUCAGUGACUGAGAUCUAAAGGCCAAAUUGCAAAUUUGGAUAUGACCCUUUUCACUGAUGAUAAGGAGUAGUCAAAAAUAGGCAACAAUUCUAAGAACACAAGAAUCAGAAAAGUCUCACAAUGCCUUAGCUUUGUGGUCUUAGUAAGAGAUAAUAUAGCCUGUCUUGCCAGAGAAUUUUCCACUGCUACUUAAGGAUAUUAAGUGCGGAUGCCACCUUCUCAAUUUUGACUUCAGUCAUACUUUAAAUAUGUCAUACAUGGUAGUUGUUUUGGAACUCAUCAUGCAAAUUACGCCUUUAGCAGUUCGUUGUUUAUUAAGAUGACUAAAAGUGGGGAAUUGUUUAGUCUUGAGCAUACAGAUUACGAUUGGAAAUCAAGUUAGUGCCUAAAAUGAUAAUGCCUUGAGCACAUUAUCUGUAUUUAUGUAAUCAAGAAGGAUUUUUUCCUAAUAAAGCAUGAUUU